AUGAGUAGUCGAAGUAGAAAAAUUGUUGAACUAGCUUUAAAAGAUGGCCAAACGUCAGGUGACGAAUCUGAUCCAUUUUGUUCAAUUGACUCUGAUCUUGACCCCACGUUUUUGCCAUCUAGUGAUGAAGAAAUAUUAUCUAGUUCAGAUGUCUCAGAAUCAGAAAGUUCCGUACAAAAGAAAACUAAUUCUAAAUGCAAAUUGCAACCCAGUAAGACUGUCUCAAAGAAAUUGAACCCAGGAAAAAUUAAGUUUCUGGAUCAACCAUGCUGUUCAAAGUCACUUUCAACUGAUGUUUCAUACAAAGAAAUAGAAGCCGCUAACGCCACAACCAUACCAUGUGAACAGAACGAGCAAUUCGAAGAAUUCUUUGAAGUUGAAACCUUAGCGCAAGCUCAACCACAAAGUACUGAAGGUAUGCAGGAAUCUGACAAUAAAGUUGACCAAAAUCUACUAGACCAUAUGUGGACGCAGCCAGUUGGAAAUCACCAAGAAUUUGAAUAG